AUGAAUGGAAUUAAGAACAAUGCCUCCUGGGUUGCCCUGGUUUUAUUGUUCUAUUUAGUUUCUUUAAGUCUGCUCCCGCUGACUCAAUGUUCAGACGGGGAUAGUACUAAUCCCAGCGUGCUUCCAAUAGUAACGCAAAAAAUCUAUGAACGACUCUCAAAUGUUACCACAGAUUUAACCAAGGAUAUCAAGGCUACCUUAGGCUUCUGCAUAAAGGAUGUGAAUAGAGAUUGGGAUGGAGCAUUUAAUUUCACGGGAAAACUGGACUUUUUGACUGCUUGUAUUAAACAGAUAAAAGGAGAUCUCACCUAUCGAAUAUGUAGCACAGCCGAAAUAAGGUUCUACUUCAAUUCUUUCAAGAGUCAAUCAUCGAGUAGCCUAAGACCUAACAGGAAUUGCAAUUUGACCUCAUGGGUGGAAGGCUGUGAACCUGGUUGGCAUUGUAGUGUAAGCACAGAUGUUGAUCCUAAAUAUUUAAGGGAGUCAAAAGACGUUCCCCUGAGAAACAAGGACUGUCAACCUUGCUGUGAGGGGUUUUUCUGCCCUCGAGGGUUGACUUGCAUGAUACCUUGCCCACUGGGUUCUUAUUGCCCCCUUGGAAAACUGAACAAAACGAGUGGAUUAUGUUCACCAUAUCAUUACCAGAUACCUUCUGGAGCGACAAAUCAUAGUUGUGGUAGCGCUGAUAUUUGGACCAAUGUUGUCAACAAUAGUGAUAUCUUCUGUUCGCCGGGAUCAUACUGCCCCACGACGACAAGUAAACUUUCCUGCAGUAAGGGACAUUACUGCUGGAUGGGUUCCUUGCUUCAAAAGCAAUGCUUCAAGUUGAGUACCUGUAAUCCAAAUACAGCAAACCAGAAUAUUCAUGCUUACGGGGCUUUACUUCUAGCUGCAUUAACCGCUGCCCUGCUCAUCAUUUAUAACUGUUCUGAUCAAGUUCUGUCAACUCGAGAGAGAAGGCAGGCUAAAAAAAGGGAAGCUGCAGCUAGACAUGUGAGGGAAACUGCACAAGCUCGUGAACGGUGGAAAUCAGCAAAAGAUGUGGCCAAGAAGGGUGCAGCGGGAUUACAACAGUCAUUCUCACGCACCUUUUCUCGCAGAAAGUCUACGCAACAACCAUCUGGGUUCAAGAUCUUUAGCACUAAAACCAAUACAAGUGACGCUCCAGUUUCAUCAAUUCCUCUGGAUUCUUCAGAUGAAGCUUCAAAAGCAAAGAAACCCGGCAAACUUACGCAAAUGAUGAAUUCCAUUGAGAAUGAUCCAAAUAGCCAUCAGGGAUUUCAUUUGAAUAUUGGAAAUAAACAUACUAAAAAGCAGACAGCAAAAGAUUUGCAUACUAAGAGCCAAAUUUUCAAGUAUGCUUAUGGUCAGAUUGAGAAGGAGAAAGCAAUGCAAGAUGCAAACAAGAACUUGACUUUCUCCGGAGUGAUUUCAAUGGCUGCUGGAAAUGAAAUUAGGAAGAGGCCUCCUAUUGAAGUAGCUUUCAAAGACUUAACUCUUACUCUGAAAGGGAAAAACAAACAUGUGCUUAGAUGUGUGUCAGGAAAAAUCAGUCCUGGUCGAGUUUCAGCUGUCAUGGGCCCCUCAGGAGCUGGCAAAACCACAUUUCUCUCUGCCAUUGCAGGAAAAGCAAGAGGUUGUUCUGUGACGGGCUCAAUUUUAAUUAAUGGAAGACAUGAAUCUAUACAUUGUUACAAAAAAAUUAUUGGUUUUGUGCCACAAGAUGAUAUUGUGCAUGGCAACCUGACCGUGGAAGAGAAUCUUCGUUUCAGUGCAAGAUGCAGAUUAUCUGCGGACUUGCCAAAACCAGAUAAGGUUCUAAUUAUUGAAAGAGUAAUUGAAUCCUUGGGCCUCCAAGCAGUGAGGGAUUCCAUAGUUGGAACAGUGGAGAAGCGAGGUAUAUCUGGAGGACAAAAAAAACGUGUAAAUGUAGGGCUAGAGAUGGUGAUGGAGCCUUCUUUGUUAAUAUUGGAUGAGCCCACAACUGGUCUAGACAGUGCGUCUUCUAGUUUACUUCUUAAAGCACUCCGACGAGAGGCCCUUGAAGGCGUAAACAUUUGCAUGGUACUUCAUCAACCAAGCUAUACUUUGUUCAGAAUGUUUGAUGAUAUUGUAUUUCUAGCCAAAGGCGGCUUCACUGCAUAUCAUGGUCCUGUCAAAAAAGUGGAAGAAUACUUCGCUGGCAUUGGAAUCACUGUACCUGAUCGGGUGAAUCCUCCAGACCAUUUCAUUGAUGUUUUGGAAGGCUUAGUAAAGCCAAGUUCAGGUGUGACUCAUCAACAACUCCCAGUGAGAUGGAUGCUGCAUAAUGGAUAUGCAGUACCACCGGAUUUGCUACAUUUUGCUGAUGAAAUUGCCGCAUCUGGAACUGCAUCGACCUCAACUGCAAGUGGCACAAAAAAGGGUACCGAUGGAGAUGCUGAUCAAUCCUUUGCCCAGGAGUUUUGGCAGGAUGUGAAGAGUAAUAUGCACAUCAAACGAGAUCAUGUGGAGGAAAAUUUAGUGAAGACCAAAGAUUUAUCUGGCCGAAUAACUCCUGGUGUAGCCCGGCAAUAUAGAUACUUCCUUGGGCGGGUUGGUAAGCAGCGGCUACGAGAUGCCCAAUCACAAGUAGUUGACUAUCUCAUUUUAUUAGUUGCUGGUGCUCUGUUAGGAACUCUUACUGAAUCCAACGAUGAAACAUUUGGGGUCCUUGGUUAUACUUACACUGUCAUUGCUGUCUCUCUAUUAUGCAAGAUAGCAGCUCUUAGAUCAUUUUCUUUGGAUAAAUUAGAGUACUGGAGGGAGAGUGCGGCUGGGAUUAGCACUUUGGCUCAUUUUCUCUCCAAGGAUACAAUUGAUCUCUUCAACACAAUCAUCAAACCUGUAGUAUAUCUCUCCAUGUUCUUCUUCUUUAGCAAUCCGCGGUCAAGUUUUACAAGUAAUUACGUGGUCUUGCUUUGUCUUGUGUAUUGUGUGACUGGCAUUGCUUAUGCAAUAGCCAUUUACUUCCAACCUGGUCCUGCGCAGCUGUGGGCAGUGCUUCUUCCUGUUGUCAUGUCUCUCAUUGCGAACCAGCCAAGAGAUACUACACUAAUGAAGAUCCUGGUACAACUGUGCUACCCAAAGUGGGCUCUAGAGGCCUUUGUGAUUGCAAACGCUGAGAGGUACUCUGGAGUGUGGUUGAUAACUCGUUGCAGUUCACUAAUGGCCAAUGAUUAUAAUGUCAACGAUUGGACUCUUUGUCUAGUUGUGCUGUUUUUGUUUGGUGUCCUCGCUCGAGUGGUAGCCUUCUUUUGUCUUCUUCUAUCCCGAAAGAAGUGA